CUCAAAUCGACCUGCAUAUUUAUCAGUUCAUUCUUCUCAAGUCACUUGAUAUGGCGGCCUUCACACUUCCGGAUCCCCCGUCUGCAAACAAGACCAAUCUUGCCAUUGCAGAGCUUGUCCUCUACAUCAUUCUUUUCAUUCCGGCGAUACCGCUCGCGUGGAAACAUGGCAAGGCUGGCAUGACCUGCUGGCCAAUCUUUCUGUCGUACUUCCCACUUCGGUUCGUUGCCGACGGAUACCAGAUUGCCAAGCGCAAUGAUCCCGAGAUUCCCAAUGCGGUCAUUAUCAUGACUACCGCCGGAAGCAUUGCCUGUCUGUCGCUGACUAUAAUUGGGUUGAUCUAUGAAGUGAACGUCAUACUUCCACUACCCCCAAAACGAUGGACUGAACGAAUACUCCUCGCCGUCACCCACCUCUCCAUCACCGCUGGCAUCACACUGUCUACAUAUGGAGGAGCGCCCAAGUUCGGAGCCCCAGGUGGUGUCCUCUCACAACAUCUGAACCAGAUCGGCACCUGCAUGAUGCUGUUCGUCAUGAUAUUCGGUGUAGGCUGGUGGCUUUGGUGGACAGGAAAACGCGUCACAGCCAUGAAAUCGCACCCCAACUUCAUACCCGCGAGAUUCCUGCUUCUCACGGCAUGCGCGGCAUUUCCGUUCCAGCUUGUUCGCCUUGGCUACACUUUGACAUACUCCUUCACCCCGUACUCGAGUUUGGAUCCCGUUUCUGGAACAUUCGCUACUAGACUCGUCCUUAUGUUUGGUAUGCAAAUGAUUGUUGCCGUGAUUGUUACUGUGGGCGGCUGGCGUGGCACUGGUGCUGUGCCUAAUUCUGCCCAGAGUGGCGCGCGCCAGGGAUUUGGAAGUGUCGCGAACCCAUGGGUAUGAAGUUAAGACUCAUAUUUUAUACUUAUUCUUCGAUCAUUUGUAAAGAGUAGCUGGGAUACUCUUCGGGCUGCAAUGUUUUUAGGUAUGUUUAUUAUUCAAAGCUCUUGCAAGUACGUGCCCACUGUCCAACAUUGAGAGCCUUCCAUCCUCUUGGAUUGAGUUCAUCCGUAUUAGUGCAUAUCCGUUCUUGGAAGAGUCCAUUCGCACAUAGAAUGUCCUUGCCACUUUUUUCCAGGUUCCGGAGUGCAGAUCAUACAAGGGCUUAUAUUAGGGUUGACACUGGCCUUGUCUGUCACGACGGGCUGUGAGUAGGGUUAAGAG